GUUCUUUCUCGUAGACUGAAGACUGAAAAUGUGAGCGCCGGUGUUUUCCGGGUUUCCGAUGCCAUAUUUGAAUGGGUCCAUGGUUGAUUGGGCUGCUUUGAGGAAGCUGGUCCUCCCGGCACUCGGAGCGGAGGAGGAGGGCGACUCGACCGCGAGAGCUUCAGGCGGAGCGAGAGCUGCCGACGGACACCCAAAAAAAAAAGAACCGCCUCGACGGCUUCGACUGCCGCCGCAAACCGAACGGUUUUCCCGGUAGCUGCGUUUCGGUGCCACAUCCCGGUUGAACAAUGUGAUUGUCAGUGGAGGCAGCCGCACUCCAAAGUUUGAGGACCCCACCACACUUCACUAGAAUGUACUUGAUGAAUGUACCACCUGUCGCAGCAACGCAAACAGAAUGGAGAAGAUGUGGCCCACCUGGAGGCUUUAGCCUUCCAGUUUGCUUCAAUGACUCGGACACGGAGUUGUCCACUAGAGACACGCCUAUCUCAGACAAGGUUCAGAUGAUCAUAGACAGCCUUAGGAGCACCCAGUCCUCACUCGACAUGGGCGACGAGAUCGAGGGAAAUGUGCUACCAGGACAGGACGGUCGCACCCAAGCCUGCGUGGCUGCAGUGGGAUCUUAUGUGGAGAAGAAGUCCAAAGCUAAAAGUCCUCCUGAAAACCAGCAGACCCGUCCACCUUCCAUGAACAACCACGUGAGCAGUGACUCAGACAGCGACGACUCUGUGGACAGAGGAAUUGAGGAAGCAAUACUGGAGUAUCUGAAGGAGAAAGAUGACCACAAACGCAAGGCUGAUACUACCUUCCUUCCUCCAUCCAAGAUCCCAAGACAACAUCCACCAAUUCUUGGGAUUUUCAAGCACAACUCUGACAGCCACUUGCCCUUGAUUUCCUGCAACCAGAUCCCAAGAAUGAUUAAAACAGAGACCUUAACAACCCCAACUACCAUACCAUUAAAGAAGUAUCUCAAGAACAAGGCUUCUCUGGACGAAAACUUCAAUUUGGAUAAAAAACCUUCCACAAACCUCGCAAGUACCAAUGAGCCAAUCCAGACAGCCUCAAAUCCAACCAGCAUCUCCAACAAAGCAACCAACACCUCGGUCACAUUCAAGAUAGAAGACGACACAACUGACUCGAGCAGUGAUGACGGAAUUGAGGAGGCAAUUCAAAAAUACCAGUUAGAAAAGAAGGAGCAGCAGAGUCAAAGGGAAACUUUUACCACACCAAGUUUCAAAGAGGAAUCAGACUCCACAAGCGACGACGGGAUCGAAGAAGCCAUUCGCUGCUAUCAGCUUGAGCAACAAAAGGAGAAGCAUGUCCUGAAACCCUUCCUGGACAGGCAGAAACCCCUCAAGAAGUCAUUGGAGCAUUCAGUUGGAGGCACAAGUUCAGAGAGCAAGCUCAAACUUAAGAAGAAACACAGCAGAGCAGACAAACAGGCCAGACCAUUUUCAAGUGAUUCCUUGCCUGGAGUUGUCCCUAAACCCACUCUUUCCCAAAGCUCAAAGGGGAAAGGAAACGGCCUACUUUGUUUUAGACCAGAACGUUUUGAGGAGCCACCAACUUACACACCUCCAAAAGUUAACACCACCGCAGAAUUGAUGUGCGCUGAAGCAAUACUAGACAUCUCCAAAACCGUCAUGCCAGGACCAUUCCACCACAGCCUAGGCAUGAAUUCCUGCAGCCCCACAAAGUCUUCAGAGCAGCCACCUCUUUCCAACACCGGCCCGCUCCAGGAAAGCGAGGACAGUUCCAUUGACAGCGAGGAUGGCAUCGAACAAGAAAUCCGAAAAUUUCUCGAGCAGAAGGCGCAAAUGCACAAACAGCCCCCUGGCUCUCAACAUGCCGUGAUCGAAGCAGAGAAACUAGGAGCAACGGAAGUUCAAAAGAAACCACAGAGGCUGUCUUUAACGCAGAGACGAAAGCAGAAGGUUCUACAGAAAAUGGCGGGAACAGAUGUCAACAAAAAGUCUCUGCUUGAGGACAUGCAGGAGUCGGAUGAGCUUCCCUGCAGAGGUGCCGCACAAGCCAUAGCUGCACUCCAGAAAAUGGACAGAGGUGGAGACAAGAGCAGCUCCCUCGACAGCGACGAGGACCUCGACACCGCCAUAAAAGACCUGCUCAAGACGAAGAAGAAGUCCAAGAAAAAGAUCAGGGACUUAAAGAGGAAGCCCAGGAAGGGCAUCAAAGAUGAAGAGCUGUCGUCCGGAAACUUGCUGCCCACAAAGAAGUUAAAAUCGGAGCCUUUUUCCAGGUGUAGCACUUUGCCGAAAGCACACAAACAAAAGGAUGAGAUUAAAGACAAGCUUGGACUGAUCAAAAAGAAUGUUUCUCAACAAAAGCAUACAGAUCAAAGCAAAACAGAGACACAGAAAGAUUUUCUGCAUAUCGUCAAAGCACCUCCUCAAGAGAAGGACGAUAGCAGCUCUGUGGACAGUGACGAUAGCAUUGAGCAGGAGAUCAGAAAGUUUCUGGCUGAGAAAGCUAAAGUCUCCACCACAGAGAAAGCUAAAGAUGGAGAUGUGUCGAGGAAUGGUACGGUUAUCGUCCAGGGUGUGGGAAUUAAGCAGGAAUCUCAGCUGGCUGAGGUUUCAACCAAAAGUCCUCCUCUUGGAUCUAUUAGUUUCCCGGUCCCGGAUACAAAACCUCAGCGAUUGCAGUCGGUCAUCUCUCCAACCAGCGCUCAGCCACGAGCUCUUCAACCUUGCAGCCCCAGCCUUUUGGAACCAGCAGAUGGGGCCGGGGCGGCUCGAGUCGAACAAGGAAGGGCCAACGCUACCAAACAGGAUGCCCUCGAUGCCGGCAAAACAGCGGGAAGAGGUCGGCCUGUGUUGAGCCCCAAUCUUUCCCACUCAAGCGCGGAGGCAAACAAAUGGCGCCAGAGUUUGGGGCUCCCCCUUUUCGAUACAAAAGCCGUCAGCAGGACUCCAUUUCUCAUCAACACCUCAGAGAUCAAAGGGACUCCGGGGUCUACGUUUUCCAAUCAAAACAAGAGCCCCAAACUGCAGACUUCAGCCGGUUCUUGGUUCGCAUCAAAGACCGGCAGAGCGCCGCCGUCCUGCUCCAAGGAGACGGAGGCGAACCCCACGGUCAGACCGCCUGUUCUGAACUUUUAUUCUGCUGCCAGGCAGCACCCGACUAUGUCGUUUGCACACGGCCUUUUGCCCGGCCACAGCUCCCAGUUCUCCGUGGGCGAGGAGAAAGCCAGCACGGUGCACGUGCCCAAAGACAAGAGUGUGUUUGUGGAGCUGGAGACCAACAGGACCAACCACGUUCAGGUUCAAAGCAGGGAGAGACGCGAGGCCAACGAGAGAGCCCAGAUGCUAAAUGACAGAAAAGCAGAAGGCAAGAAGAUAGAUGUCAGCGCAGACAGAAGGCAGGAGGAGGAGGAGUUUAUAGAUGAGACAGAUUGUGAAUCAGACGGCAGGACAGAUCCAGGGAAGAAGCAGGGCUUUUCCGCGUUGUCUCUGGGCAGAGCCAUAGAUCCUGGCAUCAGCAUCAGUCCGUGCAUAGCUCUGACAUCAGAGGAGAGAAGCAGAAAAUUCAGGGGAAGUUACCCGGUCAGAAAAUACAAUAAGGGAGGCCCGUCGGUUAUUCCAUUAAAACUCGUGAAACGAAGGCUCCAGUUUGUUGCAGACAGCAGACAAAAGGAGACCUCCACCCUUCAAAGUGGAAGGGGAUGAGUUCAUUCUGAGGAUGUCGUUGCUCUUCCAGUAUCUGCAGGUUAUAAAAGAAAUAGUUUUGCACUUUUUUUGCAGGUCAGGUUUAAAUUAUUGUUUAAAGUUGAGGUCUGUUUUGAUUGACACUUAAACUGAGUGUAUUUACUGCUCACCAGAUUUCACAGUCUCACUUUUUUUAUUUAUUUCUUUUUUUCACAUAAUUUUGGUUUUCCCCAAACAUUAGGUAGAAAUUUUGCAUUUGGUGCCACAUACUCACAAAAAAAUGUUAUCUUGGUUGUUAAUUGUUGUGUUUACAUAAAGUUGGAGAGAAAAAAAGUGAAAGAAUAAUUCUUCUACUACUUUUGUUGUUGCAUUGAGACAGCUGUUGUCCAUUACUGCCACCUUCUGGUUAUUCAAAAUUCUUUUUUGGACAAAAGGUCUGCAUUUUCUUUAUUGUUUUAGUUAUAUUACAUUAUUUUCUUGCUUUUAAGAAGUAAUUAUUCAACAAAACUGUUGUGUUGUUGCUUAAAAAGUACAAAACUUGCUUUAAUGUCAUUUUUAAAAUCAAAUUUUAUCAGACUUAUUUUUACUUUGUUUAAAUUAAAAAAAACAUUUCUCCGUA